CCCCGCGGUGCCGGCGGGCCCCGUGCGGGGGCGCUGCGGGCGCUGGGGCGGCCAUGGCGGAGCGGCGGAGCGCGGCGGGGGAGGGCCUGGCCCGGCUCUCCGAGUGGGCGGACGGGCACCUCGGCCUCCUGCGGAGCCUCAGCGCCGGGCUGGCGGCGGCCGGGCUGUUGGUGCUGGCCAGGAGCGUCCGACUGACAACGAAGUUCACAAAUGCUUUGGACAUACCCGUGGAGUUUAUUGAAAAGAACGUCAAGCUGCGGGGAAAAAUCCAUCACGUAACGGAGAAAGGUCUGGAAGUUGAACACGUUCCCAUUAGCAUCCCUAUCGUUACGGCAAUACAGAGAAAAUGGCAAUCCAAAGGUCUUCUGCUGGUAAGACUUGCUGGAGUGGAGCUGGCUCCAAGUGGCAUGGUCUGGUUACAGAAAGAGUUGAAGCCCUCACAAAUGGUUUGGUUCCAGCUUCUUGGAAGGGAGGACUUGGCCCUCGAGUGCCGUGUUUUAGUAAAUAAGGGUCGCUUUCUCAGCGUCUGCUUAAAUGAGGAGAUCCUGAGCCACGGGCUCGGCAGAGCAGCACGGAUCGAAGGACUGCAUCACCAUUCCCGCCUCUACUGGAAACUUCACAAAAGACUGCUUCGCGCGGAGUUAAAGGCCUUGAAGAAAAAUAAAGGAAUAUGGCAAAAAGAAAGCUUCUCUGAAAGAGUUAGAGACCGUAUAGGCAACAAUAAAUGUGUACAGGCGUUGAAACAGUUUGUGAACUGGUUAAGAAGCUAUGUUUAAAGGCUGAAUGGGAGACCAUAAAGUGUAAGUUUGUGAUAAAAAGUGCUGUACCUUGUGAGUUCCUUGUCUUGAACAGAAACCCUGUACAGUUACCCCAUGCCAUACUAUACAAGCCACGUGGGGCUGAAGUUUAGUUGUAUUAUGCAGGGUGAAAAUUGAGGCGUUCUUAAGCUAAAAUGUUCUGCAGCAGUGUCCCAGAUCAGCUGUGCCGUUUUCCACCUGCUAAAUACCUGCAGAUGCGUUAACUGAAGUGAGAACAGCCGGCAGCUGUGUUUAAGAGGUGCAAAGUACCCAUGCAAAGUGCACCGCCUUAACUGCUCAGCUGGUACAGGCCAUUACUGGGUAACUGGCCGUGGCUGGAAAACUCCAUUUCGGAGCUUGAGAAAGCUUGUAGCACGCGUUUACCUGCUUGUUUGAAUCCCUGUACUACGUCUGUGCGUAAUUUGUGUGUGAAAAAAUCGCUCAUCUUGAAUAACGGGUUGCGUUAUUACCAGAAUAGAAGGUAGUUUGUUGUGGUUGACCUUAAAAAGCUGAUAGGGUCAUAACUACCAACAUUUAAAAAUAAAAAUAGAAAAUUACUUGGUGUAUUAAGGAAUGGAAACUAGUAUGCCAGGAAUGCCAAUUUGUAAAACACAAAAUUAACAUGAAAGAGUUUUGCAAGUUGUAUCAGAGGAAAAACCGAAUCUGUUUUCUUUUGAUGGUUCUAAAAGUAUCUAAAACCAGAUGAAGAUAAAACUUAAACAGGAAAUUUCAAAAAGUGGACCACAGAGUGCUUUAUUUUUGCAAGAGUUGUUAUGUAUAUGUAUAUUUUUUGUAAAUAUUCUCAGAAUAAAGAUUGAUUUGCUCAUG